UACUGAGAUUUUUUUUCAAUCAAAACUCAUAGGAUAAAUUUUUAUUACUAGCUAUACAUCAAAUAUGAAGUUAAAUAUUUCUUAUCCAGCUAACGGUACCCAAAAGAGUGUGGAAAUCGAUGAUGACCACAAAUUGGCUGUGUUCAUGGAAAAGAGAAUGGGCCAAGAAGUUGAAGGUGACUCUGUUGGUGAUGAGUUCAAGGGUUACAUCUUCAAGAUCACCGGUGGUAAUGACAAACAAGGUUUCCCUAUGAAACAAGGUGUUAUGCACCCAACCAGAGUUAGAUUGUUGUUGACCAAAGGUGCUUCUUGUUACAGACCAAGAAGAAACGGAGAAAGAAAGAGAAAGAGUGUCAGAGGUUGUAUUGUUGCCCAAGACUUGGCUGUCUUGUCCUUGGCCAUUGUCAAGCAAGGUGACAGUGAAAUUGAAGGUUUGACCGACGCUUCUGUUCCAAAGAGAUUGGGACCAAAGAGAGCUAACAACAUCAGAAAGUUCUUUGGUUUGACCAAGGAAGACGAUGUCAGAGAAUUUGUUGUCAGAAGAGAAGUCACUAAGGGUGAAAGAACCUACACCAAGGCUCCAAAGAUCCAACGUUUGGUGACUCCACAAACCUUGCAAAGAAAGAGAGCUUUGAAGGCCAAGAAGAUCCAAAACGCCCAGGUCCAAAGAGAUGCUGCUGCUGAGUAUGCCCAAUUGUUGGCUCAACGUUUACACGAACGUAAGGCUGAAAAGGCUGAAAUUAAGAAGAGAAGAGCUUCCUCUUUGAAGGCUUAGGAAUGAAGAAUGCAAUAAUAGGAAUCUAUUUUUUUCAUAAAUAAAACCGAAUAUAUAAUACAUGUUUAUUUAUCAGAAGGCCCCACUCGCUUGACGGUUGUGCCUGGUACCGGGGCUGAUCCUCGUUUACGGGACAAUCGCUUGAUGUUUUGGUAAACCUCAUCGUUUGUCAAGUUACUGCCGUACCGAAAGUUCUUGUCAAUGUAGUUCUUUUUCUGCUGUUCAUAAUUAGGGUCUCGGAGAAGAAUCCGAAUGUGUUCGUCAAAUGCCAGCUCGGCAAUGGCCUUGCCGGUGAUGGGACAUUUUAUCGUGGGUUCUUUGUCUUUGCGCUUGAGCCGAGAUUCUCCUGCCAGUUUGACCUUCAUGCCUUUGGGAACCGUUGAAACAGCUUCAAGUUCGGGAUCAGGCCCAGCGGUGGCUGGUACUGCCACGGGAGGCAUCUCUAUCGCCUUGGCCUUGGCCUCAAGCGACCGGUAGAUCAAGUCUUCUCGUUUUAGUGGCAUUGCAAGCUCUGUUACCUUGUCGAUAUCAUCAAACUCGAUCUUCCCGACAAUGGUGAAGUCCUGCCAGUCGACCGAGGCGUACCGCGUCUGUCGUGCUAGCCGCUCCUUCUUCUGCGUGUCGUGCUGGACCUGGUUCAACUUGCUGUGUUUGGCCCGGUGGUACAGAUCUGGGAGUAAUGGCACAAACAGCGAGUUUUGGAGGAGCACCUCGAUAGUCCGUUUAUAUUGGUGCAAAAACACUUGGAACACGGGGUACAACGAAUGGGAUGUGUUCAUGAACUCGAACUGGGCCUUGUUUCCCCUGGAAAUCUGGUGGUGGGAGAGUUCUUGUUGGUAUUUGUCGCCAUUAUGGGCCACAAACAACGCCGUGAGCUUGAUGAUAGUCAAAUCGUACGGCGAAACCGUGGGGAGCUCGGACAAAAACUCCAACGGUGGUGGCUCUGGGAGCUUCUUGGUGCUGGUGGUGCUGGCGGGUGUUUUGGUCUCCACCUGGUGGCGUCCUAGCUUCCACUGGUAAUAUGGAUAAUGGGCAUCGGUGCUAAACAUGAACGGGAACUUGGUGGUCAGGUCGGCGUUGGCCUUCAAACGAGUCUCAAAUGAGUCUCCGUUCUUGAGAACGUACUCAGCUGUCUUGUCGAUGACCGCCCGCACGUCUGGUGGUGGCACGGUGAUAUCUUCAGGAAUGCCAUCGCCAGUCAUUGU